GGAAACACUAAAAGAAACAAAAAAGCUAUUAGAAAUUAUUGUUACAACUCCUAUGUCAACAUCAGAGGCUGAGCGAAAGUUCUCAACAUUGAAAAGAAUAAAGACUUUUCUUCGUAAUAGUAUGACCCAGGAUCGCCUUACAACGUUGUCGAUGCUGUCCAUUGAAAAGGAAUUUAUUUCGACCAUGGAAAAUUUCAACGGGAAGGUGAUCGACAAAUUUGCUGCCAAGAAGGAGCGCAAGAUCGAACUGACGUAUAAAAAAUAGGUAAGUUCGGAUUUGCAGAACACUUGUUUUAUUUUGCCACGAGCCGCCACUG